UGCGCCUUCCUCGCCGCGCGGCGCCGCCGCCCCCUGGCCUCGAAGCGGUCACUUGGCUCCUCGUUCCGGCGACAUUUCUUUCCGCCAAGAGUCGCCCAGCGGAGGAAGCGGACAGCCUCGCCCGCCGCUGCCAGCGCCAGCCCGGCGGACGCGCACCAUGAGCGCCGACUGCGCGAGUUAUAUGAACGCCGACAAGGUGCUGGUGAGCGCCUUCAGCUGCCCGCAGGAGGACGGCGAGGCCAGCGCGAUCUACUGCUGCGGCUUCCAGGACGUCAAGUAUUGUUGCGAUGACCCCAACAGCUUCUUCCCCUACGAGCACAACUACAUGUGGUGGCUCAGCGUUGGAGCACUUGUUGGCUUGUCAAUCGCAGCAGUGGUCCUGCUGGCUUUUAUCAUCACUGUAUGUGUUCUCUGUUACUUGUUUAUCAGCACGAAGCCGCACAGAAAAUUGGACACAGGCUUAAGCUUAAGCUUACAGACAGCAGAUAUAGAGUCUAGAAGGAAUUCUGUAUGUUGAAGAAAGAUAUACAGAACGAGAGACAUGCACACCAGUUCUGCAACCCAGAGAACUGCAUUCUUCAGAAACCACUAGCAAAGCUGUCUACAAAGCCCUAUAAAUGGAUUGUAAGCUUGGCAGAUGAAAUGCAGCGCAUGAAUCUGAGGACUUUUUGAACCCUGUUUUAUUGCCACUAUGAUUGUUAUUAAUGCUCAGGGGUCCCCCAGAACAUGUAAUCAAAGAUAUGAAAUCAUGAUUGUCAUCAUUUGUGCAGUAUCAUAGGCCGUGUUCCUCACCCCUUUUAAAAAAAAUAGGCAUUUAUGGUCCUACGUAUGCAAUUUUAACCUUUUCAAACAGUUUGAAAAGAUGUAAGUAACAAACUAAGAACACACACCACAACCUAAAACAUUAUACAUACAGAUACUGUUAUAUAGCAGCCUAUUUUGUCAAAAAAGGCAAUAGUAUAUUUUGCAUGGCAUUCUUUGGGAAAGUGAAACUUUAUUUUACACCAGCCUUGUGCAAUCUUGGUUCAUUUGGAGCAGGUAAUAAAAAUCUUAGAACUGCAGAAUUGGAGGGGACCCUAUGGGUCCUUGAGUCGAGUCCUUGUCAAGGAGGCACAGUGGUGAAUCGAACUCCCAGCCUCUGGAGAUGCUAUCCCGCUGCUUCUUAUUCAGGAUUUUGCUGUAUACUGUAAAACCUUAAAAAAGAUUUCUACUAAAACAUGUAUGUUUCAAUCUUGAUACAGCAGGUGGAAGGUCAGAACACAGAAAAAAAGACAUGCUCAUUUGGAGGUGUUGCCCAAUAUUGUACCCUGUUUCCCUGAAAAUAAGACCUGACCUGAAAAUAAGCCCUAGUAUGACUUUUCUGGA